CGAUGGGCCCGCACUGCACGCUCCAUCUCCCGCACGCUCCAUCACUAUUCAUGCGACCUGUACCUGAAUAGGUAGUGUGAACGCCAGCUGCCUGACCUCGCCCGUCCUACUCCACCCCACCACCGCACCUCACCACCACCCACCCCACCAGCAUGUCCACCCCCGCCCCGCUCGCCGCAACCGCCAUCCCGUCUCCCCCCCCAACAAUCCACUACAUCCCAUCCUUCAUCACGCCCGCCGAAGAAUCCUCUUUGCAAUCCAGCAUCCUCUCUCAACCCAAGCCGAAAUGGACGAUCCUCAGCCACCGGCGGCUGCAAACACACCCCAGCGCGCUGAGCUCGAGCAACGUGCUUCUCUCUGCGGCGCUCCCGGCGUUCCUCGAGUCCCUCGUCCCGCGCAUGCAGGCUCUCGGCGUGUGGGACCACGCUCCGCACAAGCGCCCGAACCAUGUCCUUGUCAAUGAGUACACCCCCGGCGAGGGAAUCAUGCCGCACGAGGACGGCGCGGCGUAUCAUCCCGUCGUGGCCACGGUGAGCUUGGGCGCGCCGAUCGUGCUGGAUAUUUACGAGAAGGGCGAGGGCGGGAGGACGCCGAAGUUCAGGAUCUUGCAGGAGCCGCGGAGUUUGCUGGUUACGACGGGAGAGGUGUAUGCGAGCCACCUACACGGCAUCGAGGCGCGGACGAGUGAUGAGGACUUGGGGCCGGAGACGGUUGCGAACUGGGCGCUGCUGGGAGAGCCACAGGCGUUCACGGAGGGCAGGUAUGAGCGGCAGACUAGGACGAGUUUGACGUACCGCGACGUGCUGAAGGUUGCGGACGUGGGGAGGUUGUUUGGACGGAAGUGAUGGAACAGAACAGAACAGAACACGCACGACUUCAUCGUUCCCCCGCACCAUAGGUAUCUAUUCUAUCAAACCUACCUAUGCUUCAAUAGACCCCUGGAAUGAUACACCACUUCCCUCGCACAGCCUCCUCCCCAAACUUCUGCCUGUACCACUCGCGGUUCCUCCCCGCCGAGACGCUUAGUAUGGCGGCCACAAACACCGCGCCCGCAAACACCGUAGUAUUUACCACGGCGCCGCGCGGCGCCGCAAUA